UGAAAUCGGGUAAAAAUGUAUAAAUAUUUGCAGGUUUUGCGUGUUCAUUUUGACUCCGAGUGAGUGUAAGUUGGUGCGUGAAGUACGUUUCAUUAUACAGGUACAAACGACUGCUCGUGAACAAAUAAACUAGGGCAAAAUAACUAUAAUGCUGGAGAAAGAGGUCGUUUGCAAGUCUAUAUUGCGCCAUUAUGGCGCGUUAUUUUAGAAUUAGUAGCUGUUACAAACUUUGUGGACAUUGGUUAGUGUUUUUGCUACAUUAUUCGACUACAAUGAUAAUACUUGCGUGUGCACGAGAGAGGGGAAGUCAGAGAAAGGUUUGAGGUGGCAACCGAAGACUUGAACAAGGUGUCGGUGGAGCUUGAAGAGAAAGUGUGAAGGACCACAUUUGCGUUCUGCUGGCAACACCUGGCCGUCUUCGCAAAGCAGGGGUACUGCAGCGAGAGACAUCAUUCAGAAUGUCGAGGGAUCGAGCAUCACGGCGGUUCUACCGCAUGGAAAGCCAGAAUGAAUUGCUUGCAUUCAUGGAUAGAGGCGAGAUGGCCUCUUGCCAGAAUCGCUGGACAUUUGAAGCUGCGUGGGAAGUAGCUAAUAAAGUCGGAGGAAUUUAUACUGUGAUUCGAUCAAAGGCGUACGUAUCAACUGAGGAGAUGGGAGAUCAGUACUGCCUGCUCGGUCCAUAUAAGGAGCACUCCGCUCGGACGGAAGUGGAGGAAUCAGUUUUCACCGGACCCUUACACACGGCUGUCAGCAAGAUGAGGGAACAGGGAUUCAAGAUCCACACAGGAACCUGGCUUGUAGAUGGGAAUCCUCAGAUCAUUCUCUUUGAUAUUGGGUCUGGUGCCUGGAAAAUGGACGAGUACAAAGAAGAACUCUGGAAUAAAUGUAACUUGGGCAUCCCUCAUCUUGACAUUGAAGCUAAUGAUGCUGUAAUUCUUGGUUAUAUGGUGGCACAGUUCAUAGAAGAGUUUCGGAAAGUCGCCGAAGAGUAUUCAGAUUACGUUCCAAAAAUAGUGGCCCACUUCCAUGAAUGGCAAGCCGGUGUCGGUCUCAUCGCUCUCCGUACUCGGCACGUAGAUGUGGCGACGGUGUUCACGACACACGCGACUCUUCUGGGACGUUACUUAUGUGCUGGAAACACGGACUUCUAUAACCACCUAGACAAGUUCGCUGUGGACGAGGAGGCUGGGAAGAGGCAAAUCUACCAUCGCUACUGCAUGGAGCGCGCAGCAUCUCAUCUUGCGCACGUCUUCACCACCGUGUCAGAAAUCACCGGUUACGAGUCUGAACAUCUCUUGAAAAGGAAGCCAGACGUAAUCACUCCAAAUGGACUAAAUGUGAAGAAGUUCUCUGCCAUUCAUGAAUUUCAGAAUCUACAUGCUAUCUCCAAGGAUAAAAUCCACGAAUUUGUCCGAGGACACUUCUAUGGGCACUAUGACUUUGAUUUAGAUAAGACAUUAUAUUUCUUCAUUGCUGGUCGUUAUGAAUUUGGCAACAAAGGAGCUGAUAUAUUUAUUGAAGCAUUAGCUCGAUUAAAUCAUUACCUGAAGAGUUCUCAUCCUGAUGUAACUGUGGUAGCAUUCCUCAUAUUUCCAGCAAAAACUAACAAUUUCAACGUGGAAAGCUUACGAGGACAUGCCGUGACAAAGAGUCUUCGAGAUACGUUAAAUGAUAUUCAACAAAAAAUGGGCAAAAGGAUGUAUGAAGUAUGUCUUAGUGGACGAUUACCCAAUCCCAGCGAACUUCUACAGAAGGAAGACAUGGUGAAGAUUAAACGAUGUAUUUAUGCGCUACAGAGAGAUGGACUGCCACCGAUCACAACGCACAAUGUUGUGGAUGAUUGGAACGACCCUGUGCUCUGUUCCAUUAGGCGUUGUCAGUUAUUCAACACAAUUCAUGAUCGUGUAAAGAUUGUAUUUCACCCUGAAUUCUUGUCAUCAACAAACCCUCUGUUUGGAUUGGACUACGAAGAGUUUGUUCGAGGUUGUCAUCUUGGAGUUUUCCCCAGUUAUUACGAACCCUGGGGCUACACACCUGCCGAGUGCACUGUGAUGGGCAUCCCAUCUAUCACCACGAACCUAUCAGGGUUUGGCUGCUUCAUGCAAGAACACAUAGCAGACCCGAUGAGCUAUGGAAUUUAUGUCGUGGAUCGACGUUAUAUUUCACUUGAGGGAUCGGUGCAGCAAUUAGCGCAGUAUAUGUAUGACUUUGCCAAACUCAACCGACGCCAAAGGAUCAUUCAACGUAACCGAACGGAACGACUCAGUGAUCUGUUGGACUGGAGAAACCUUGGAAUUUAUUACAGACAAGCACGUAUGAAGGCUCUCCAGAAAGUUUACUCUGACCUUGAUUUAGAUGAUGAUGCUUCUGUUGGGAGAUUCAGUUACCCACGCCCCAUUUCAGAGCCUCCCUCACCAUCCUCAUCACGCCACACCACUCCGGCUGCAUCUCGUCAUGGCAGCGAUGAUGAAGAUGAAGUCGAUGAUGAGAGAGAGCUAGAAGAGUUGGGCGUUAAUAACAUUGACCGUGCGAGUCGAUAAGCAUCAGUUUUCAAUGCCGAGAGAGCUCAGUGGGGAUGAACCAGCGAACUUCUGCUUUGUACUUCUGUUUUUAUGUUCCUGAGUAACUUUACCAAAAGGCAAAAUCUCUUGUCAAACUUUAAUUCACUCUUAGUAGCCAUGUUGCUCUUCAAAGUACGUGCUUUUUCUGAUAUUUUACAAGUAUUGAAGUGAAUGAAAUGGGUUUGGGAUGAAACUGAGCUACUGUCUACUGAUGACUUAAUAUAAAUCUUGUUAUACCUCACAUUCAUUGCAACUGCAGACUCGUUAUUUUUAUUAGUGUAAUCGUCAUAUUAGUAAUGGAAAUGCAGAAUUGUAAAAUUGUGAUUUAUAAACUGAGGAGUGUUUCAGCAGUAAUAUGGAGAUUCAGGCGGAAUAUAGGAAGCAAAUUAUUUUCAGUGACCUCCAGCCAGAAUAUGGGAACUCAAGGAUUUGAGGUUUUCACGGCUGUAAGUCUGAAGAUGGCCGUCUUCCCGAGUUGUUGCACCGUGUAGUCUGGUAGAAGUUUGCCGACGUUUCAGAGGUCCUUGCUGCUUCCAUUAUAGGCAGCAAGGACUUCAGAAACGUCGGUAAACUUCUUCAGACUACACAGUGCAACAACUCGGGAAGGCGGCCUUCUUAUGGGAACUCUCUCUUCAUUCGUGAUAAUAUGGCACGUCUGCGAUCUCACAAUAUGCCGAGCAGGCAAGUUUGUAUAGCGGGUAUUUUGUUACUGCCAGUGCUUCCAACAUAACUAAUAUGUCAUAACUGGAAUCUUUUGGUGUCUGUAAUAAUUGAUUGCAACUACUUUGGACUUGGAAUCAAAUAUAAUUCAUCAAGAUAAUAUACAAGCUACUACAGCAAAAGAAAAAAAUUGUUUUAGAAGGAGAUUGGGGCAAAAAUUAAUUUACAUUACAGUAUUAAAGUGUAGUACUGAGUGUACUCUGAAGUAUUUGUUCUUUUCACCAGACAAGUAAUGUCGAAUUCCAGGCAUGCAAGAAGAGCAGUGAUUGAGUUAACGUUGUUGAGGUGUAACAAGUGCAUUUGAUUUAUAUUUUGAAUGGGAUUGAUAUGGUCACCUUUACCUUUAAGAAGGUUCAUUUUACUUUUAAUGGAUGCAUGGAAUGAGGUAUAAGGUAAACUGUCUUCUCAUAUCCAAUUAUAAAUGGCAUGCAAGAGGUCUGUCAGUUAAGUAAUAAUAAAUGUUGCCGUCUCCAUGGUGAUUUGGCUGCCUGCAAGCCUUGUUUUGUGUGUCAUUGGGCUCUGUCAGACCAACUGCCACCAAUAGAAAUUUGGUUUAUUGAUUGCUCUGUAGCUCAGACUUAUUUCAUUGCCAAGGGUCACAUUUUUUCCCCAUAUAUUUGUGUAGUCUUCUUGAAAUUGUGUAUAGUAACAGACAAAUAAUUUUUGCUUUAAUUUUACUUUAUACUGCAUAUGUAGCACAACAGAGAGGUCUCAAUCCAUUGACAAGGAUUUAUAAUUGUGUAUACAUGUACCAGGUCUGUAUUUGUUAGUCUUUUAAGAUUGGCCAUUCUCCUCUUCUCAGAUACAAAUAUUUUGCUUCAUAAAGUAGUGUCAGUUUUCUUCAGUUGAGAAAGAAAAGUAACUGCCAUUACGGUUAAUUUUGUUCGUUAUAUCUAAGGUUCCUUGCUCAUCCCUGCCCUGAUGACUGGUGGAUUGGUGACUCUCGGUAUUUGCAUAUGAAACAGUGGUCCGAGUCACUGAAACAUUUCUUGUAGAUUAUUUAUGAGUAUAUUUAAAGGUGCUUUGCUUUAUGUGUCAUUAAAUGGAUGUUAUUUUUAUUCUGAAUUAUGUUACAGACCCUACAGCUUUUACAAAUUAGUGUAGCCAACAUAGGAUAUAGUAAUUAGUGUAAUAUGUUUAAUACUUUUUAUUUUGAGAUUGUUUUAUCAUUUAAUAUACUGCCAUUUGUUGUGAACUAA